AUGUCUUCGGCUUCCAAAGUUGUGCUUGUCACCGGGGCCAACCAGGGGCUCGGAUACUGGGCCCUUCAUAUCUCCGCUCUGCGACAGCCAUCCUACACAUACAUCCUCUGUAGUCGCGACAUCAAUCGCGGCAAGGAAGCUGUCCAGAGGAUAAAGGACGCCGGCGUUACCGCUAACGUCGACAUCGCGGCUGCAGUGAAGUACGUCGAAGAGACCUACGGUCGACUUGAUGUCCUAGUCAACAACGCUGGCGUCCUCACGCGCACUCCUGAGGACGACCUCCCAUCAUCCGCCAUUCGCGCAACUUACAGCGACAUCUUCAACAUCAACCUCACUUCCGUCGCCGUCAUUUCCACCGCAUUCCAGCCGCUCCUUCACAAAUCCGCUGACCCGAAGGUUAUCAAUGUCAGCUCGGGGCUCGGGAGCAUCCAAAACGCGCUGACAAAGAAGAUGAAUCGAAACGUGCCCUACGGCGCGAGUAAGAUCGGCCUGAACGGCCUCACCGUACACAUGCAAGUCGCCGAAAACAAUCGCUUGGAGGCUGAAACGAGUGCCGCGAGUCCGAUUUUACCGGGAAAGCCGAAGAUCCGGUACUAUGUAUGUGCACCAGGCUUGCUGAAGACGGCUUUCACUAGUUAUUUGCCGCAUGCGCAGGAUCCAGAAGUGGGGGCAGAGGUCAUCUAUCGUCUGCUGGCGGAUGAUGAAAAGACGUACGAGGGUGGAUCAUACUGGGAGUUUGAGCAAGGGGAUGAGGACGGUGCCUUGUUUGGCGGAGCAUGCGAGCAAAUGAGCGGUAACGUCCCGGUUGGUGGCUGUGCCGGGUACAUAAUCGAGAUCUGA